GUAGCAUCUCCCAGUCUCUGCAUGAUGAGUUGUCCAGAUCGCUACUGCGUCUGCUUAGCUCCGAGCUUGGCGAUGUCUGCUUGAGACCCAGUGGACAGAAAGACUUCCCCAUCUGCGUGUGUGUUUGUUGGCUUCGUUGGUACACCUCGCCAUGAAACUCACGUGCUUAUUGGUGUUUCUGCAUGUUCUGACGACCCAAAGGGUAUCGACAUCAGCGAACAGGGGUUUCAUCUUCACAGCUCCGAAGCGGUUGCUGGCCGACAGCAUAGAGUCUGUGUGUUUGUCUCUCCACAAUGUGAGCGGAAUUGCUCACGUCAGCGUAGACGUAUUGCACCCGGAUUCCGAUGACAAGAUCGCAUCUACUCGGCACGACAUAAAAAAUGGAGCAGGAAGCUGUAUGGAGCUAUUUGUGCCACCCACAUUACAAGCACGGGGUCGGCUCCACCUGAAGGUGCGGUUUGAUGAACACUAUGACUACAAUAUUAACAGCGUGAAAGAAGUCCACAUCCAACAUGACCCAUACAUCACUCUGAUUCAGACAGACAAGCCAGUUUACAAACCUGGACAAGAGGUCAAGUUCAGGAUUCUCACACUCACACAUGACUUGAUGCCCAUCACUACCGCAAUUAGUAGAGUAUGGAUUGAGAGUCCGUCUCAGAUUCGGUUGGCUCAGUGGUUGGAUGUGAGGACACAAGAAGGAUUAGCACAACUUAGUUUCCAACUCUCUCAUGAGCCUCCCCAGGGUCUGUGGGAGAUAAACAUUGAACGAAACAAAUCUCACACUUAUGCUCAGAAGUUUGAAGUUCGUGAAUACGUUCUUCCAAGGUUCGAAGUCACCAUUAAAGCUCCAGACUAUAUCCUGGCUGAUGCAAAACAUCUCAAGUGGACUAUAUGUGCCAAGUAUUCAUAUGGACAGCCAGUGAAGGGACGGCUGCAUAUUAAGGCCAUUCCUCAGACUCCAACAUGGCGCCAGAAGAAAACAAAACCACCAGAGAUCAAGUUGAUGACCGAGUUGCAUAGCAGUGAUGGCUGUUACACAUUCAACAUCACAGGAACAGACCUGGGGUUGCAUGAUUGGGAUAUCGCCCCUAACAGCAUCGUUGUGUUUGCCUUUGUGACGGAACGUGGGACUGACAACACUCAGAAUGCUUCUUCUGUCUCUUCUGUGAUCCACCAGGCACUCAAACUGGAAUUUAUGCCUCACAGUCCACAGUACUUCAAGCCAGGACUGCCAUAUAAGGGAAAGGUAAAAGUUCUGAAGCAAGAUAAUACUCCUGCAGUUGGGGAAGUGUUACAACUUUGCCUGAAGGUACGAGGGAAAGGAGAAUGGAGUCGUACACUUGUUGUGUGCAAGAAUUUCUCAUCAGAUGUAGAGGGAUUUGUUCAGUUUAUGGUUCCACCACAGCAUCGCAAUAUUGUGCUUUUGUCUUUUGUGGCCACAGCUGUAGGGUAUCAAACCAAGUAUUACUCACCAGACAAACGAUGGCGAGUGUUUAUGGACCAGCCGUCUGCUUUCUUUGAUGUUCACACCUGGUUUUCUCCAACAGAUAGUUACAUUGAAAUAACAGAUAAAAAUGAGAAGACUCUCAAAUGUGAAUCACACCACAAAUUUGACAUUUAUUACACAACGCAGCCAAACAUCACCCAGCUGACCUUCCAUUAUCUGGUAAAAUCACGAGGUGACCUCAUCCACUUCGGCCAAAUCCAACAUAACACGCAAAAUCGAAACCUGAGGUUGGAUGAAGGGUUUGUCAAUAUUCUCGGAGGUAAUGAUGAUGCAGACAGGAACUCCACCAGUGGAGAGGCAGACAAUGAAGAAGGAGCCAUAGAGAAGACCAUAGACAAAGUUGUUCUCAGCAUCAAAAUACUCCCCAGGAUGUCGCCACUGAGCUACAUUUUGGUGUACUAUGUCCGAGAAGAUGGGGAGACUGUUGCUUCCAUGUAUUCCAUUCGAGUAACAAAGUGUCUCGCUAAUAAGGUUAGUGCAACGUUUUCUGAGAAUCGCCAGUUUCCAGGGUCAGAAGCCCAACUAGAGAUUACAGCUGCCCCUCAGUCUCUCUGUGCUCUGUCUGCAGUUGACAAAAGUACAAGUUUCUUGGCAAAACCCGGCAACAAAGUGGAUAUGGAACGAGUGUUCCAGGAGCUGUCACGCUUCCCAAUUGAUGCAAACAGUGCACCGUUACAGAGUGAUCCCUGGGAGUAUUGUGCCAAAAAGGCUCGAGGGCAUGAAAACACAACAGCAGUGGCUGAAACAGAAGAGGAAAAUCUUAGACCUGCUCGAGGAGGUAUUGUGGAGCCUCCUUUCUGGGAUUUGCGCCGUCGGAGGAGGAAACGAUUUAUAGCUACUCAGCCACCUUCCAAGUAUGUGGACUCCAUUCAAGCAUUUGAUGAUUUUGGCGUAGUGGUGAUGUCUGAUUUGACUUUGGAGACAAGGCCAUGUAACACAAUGACAGGUAAGUGUAUGAAUAUCAUGAGCAUAUUUUGCAUGGAGCUUACUCUUUUGCUUUUAUCCAAAUAUAAAGGCCUCCUUUUGUUGAAUCUUCAGUAUUCUGCCUUUCAUAUUGUGUUCUUGUAUGUUAUUGUGGAUUUAUCUCCUCCAAAUAGAUCAGAUGAACCAGAUGUUUCUCCAGUACAUGGACUGAUGAUGCCCAACAUGCCACCGCUUGCUUUCCCUCUUAUUGUUAAGGCAGCCACAAUCCUUCAGGGCUACAUGGAAGACUCACACUCUUCAGCAGUGGAGGUGCGCUCAUUCUUUCCUGAGACCUGGCUUUGGGAGCUGCAGUACACAGGUGACAGUGGAGUGGUCACUCUGAAGCGGGACCUGCCUCACACGGUCACAGAGUGGGUUGGUACCACAAUCUGUGUGUCUCCACAGCUCGGACUGGGCAUUGCACCACCUGCACAACUCACAGCUUUCCAACCUUUCUUUUUGGACUAUACAAUGCCAUAUUCGGUGAAGAGAGGCGAGGUGGUCCAACUGAAAGUUUCACUCUUCAACUUCCUGUCCUACAGCCUGCCUGUGCGAAUAAUUUUUGAGGAUUCACAUGGAGUGGAACUUCUGAACAACAGUUCUGUUGCCUUGGCUUGUGUGAGUGAGCAAACGACUUUUGUGCAACAGUUCCAUAUUCGAGCAUCAGAUCUUGGUUAUGUGAACAUAACUGUGUCUGCUGAGGUGGACCCCAUGUAUCCUGAGGAGUGUGGUCCAGAAACAUUGGUCCAUGUAAAAGAUGUUCUUGUGAAACCAAUCCUUGUGCAUCCAGAAGGCUUCCCAGUAGAGGUCACUAGGUCAGCUUUCAUCUGUCCCUCAAAUUUCUCGGAGGAUGUUCAUGUUUUGUGGUCGUUAGAGCUGCCAUCAGAUGUUGUAGAGGACUCUGCAAGAGCUGAAGUCAGUGCUGUAGGAGACCUACUGGGACCAACAUUACAGAAUCUGGAUGGGCUGGUCCAAAUGCCAAUGGGGUGUGGAGAGCAAAACAUGAUUCUGUUUGUUCCAAACCUCCAUGUUAUCAAUUACCUGAAUGCGACCCAACAAGAGAAGCCUGUUCUCAAAGCUGAGGCUAUCAACAAUAUGAAGAAAGGAUAUCAGCGAGAGCUGAACUAUCGUCAUUCUGAUGGUUCCUACUCAGCAUUUGGUGAUGCAGAUGAUGAAGGGUCAAUGUGGCUGACUGCUUUUGUAGUGAAGUCAUUUGCCCAGGCUCGAUCCCACAUCUAUGUUGAUGAGGACGACCUCAAGGUCAGCAUGCGAUGGAUCACGAAGAAGCAGCUGGAGAAUGGAUGCUUCCCUCUUGUUGGGAAGGUAUUCCACAAAGACAUGAAGGGUGGUCUCACUGGAGAAACUUCUUCUGCAGCGUUGACAGCAUAUGUACUCAUCUCGCUGCUGGAAACAGGGCUUACUCUCUCCUCUUCUGUCACAUCUAACACCAUCUUCUGUCUGAAAGGAGACUCAGAUUCUGAUGUCUAUACACUUGUUCUUACUACUUAUGCACUUGCAUUGCUGGGAGAGACAGACAUGGCAGAGGAGUCCCUCAAACGGCUGCUUGGCAUGGCAAACAGGCAGCAAGACCUGCUUUGGUGGGAAAAGUCAGGCACAGCGUCACUAGGCCUGAGUGUGGAAAUGACAGCGUAUGGAAUUCUGUCUCUUGUCAAACUUGGUGGGGAAGAGAACCUCAUCAGUGCUCUCCAAGCUGUGCGGUGGAUCUCCAAACAUAGGAAUGCACAGGGGGGCUUUGUCUCAACUCAGGAUACUGUGGUAGCCCUGGAGGCAAUGGCGAAGUAUGCUGUCAUGUUGCCGCACAGUGAGAAUGGUCUCAGUGUGGUAGUGACUGCCACUGAGAUGGAACACACAUUCUACAUCCACGAACAUGAAAGACUGCUUCUGAAAAGACAACCUCUCCCAGUGUUACCGACUGAAGUGGAAGUGGAUGCAGUAGGAGAGGGGUGUGCUCUGGUGCAGACAUCUCUCAGGUACAAUGUGAAGAAUGCAUCAGGUAGUGAUGCCUUUGAGCUGGAAGUGAGGACUGACCCUGUUGCAUCAGUGGAUAAAUGCACCAUGCAGCGAGUAGAGGCCUGUGUUCGCUACAAGUUGCCAGACCAGACAUCCAACAUGGCUGUCCUAGAGGUUUACAUGGUGACUGGCUAUGUGCCAGAUCGUGCCUCUCUUUAUCAACUGUCACAUCAGCCAGAUCUCAAUGUGAAACGGUGGGAGGAGGAGAAGGACCGAGUCAACUUCUACUUUGAGGAGCUUUCCACUAGGAGGCAGUGUGUUGGCUUCCUUGUGGUGCAGGAAACAGAAGUAGAAAAUCCAGCAUCUGCCAUUGUCAGAGUCUAUGACUAUUACCAGAAAGAAAUAUCUGUGUCAGCCAAAUACAACAUUGAUGGGGGCUGCAGGAGUGAAAUGCUACCUCAUCCUCAGCCAGACAUCUCAAGUGAAAAUGCUACAAAACAAUAUCUAGACUAUGGUGAAAUGGAUAUUGUGUAUGCCCUACCACAAGAUCUCCAAGUGACUGCUCCGAGUAUCAAUGAAGUUCCAGUUUCUGUAAUGCAAGCAGACACCAGCACAUUAAACAGUGUGAAUGGAACAGAGGGGCUGAAUCCACAGUUCAUGAUUGUGGACCAUGAACUGGAAACCCCAUCUGGACAGGAAGGACCUAUACCAUCAUAUGCUUUACCUCAAGCUGACAAAGAUCCUAAUGCGACAGAUGCUGCCAUGUCAUGUCCCACCUGUCAUGACAGUCCUCCUAGUGAUUUCAGAAAGCUGUACUGCAAAUCUGGCACAGUGUACAAACUUUCUACCAGAAAGGGCAGUAAUGCCAGGUUCUUGAUUAACAUGAGCCCUGGGCAGCCUACUCACAGGAUACGAAAGGUGGCAAAACUGGUGCUGGGAGAAGAAUGCAGGUGUAAGCCACUUGAGAAAGUAGGAGGACAUUUAUUGCUUUUGGAUCAAAAUGCAAGCUCCAGCUCCGUGGAAGAUGAAGGGGAUGUAGAUACACCUGAACUGAAGCUGAACAGCUCAAUGAUUCUCAUUGGUGUAGAGGUACUGCCUGGCCAGCCUGAAAUCGUUAAACUGGCUCGGAAUGGUUGCUAACGCUUGGCAGAAUCUCUGAAAUUGGAAUGAACUAUAGCCAAAAUGGAAGAACAUUCUCUACGUGCCUGUUACAGCCCCUACUUUAUUGUGUUUUCAUGUGUCUACAAUUUUUAAUACAAUGAACAAUAUCUAAGACA